AUGAGCACCGUGCUCUCCGACCCCGACGCCCACGCCCUGCGCCAGGAAGGUGAGCACGAGGAAGGUGAGACUGAGGAAGCCAGCCGCGUGCUGGGGGGCGGCGACAUCAAGAUAGUGAAGCGGCGCGACCUGGCGGAGGCGGAGGGGCGGGUGGGCGAGGAGAAGCAGUUCUGCGCGCUCAAGCACAGCGAGUGGCUGCGCUGCCUCAGAGAAGAGCUCAUGCUGCUCCGGAUCGAGCGCCAGAACAGCAUGCUGGACUACACGCCCUCCCACCGCCCCUCCCCCGUGUCCCCCUCCCUGCGCCUCGCGGACUUCCCUUCCCCUUCCCCUCCGCCCCUCGCCUCCCACUCCUUCCACGCUCACACCAGCAGCCCCAGCAGCAACGGCGCCACUGCCUGGCUGGGAGGGGGCCGGCCGUGGGAACAGCAGCAGCAAGGGAUGGGGGGUGCGGGGGUGAUGGGGGCGCGCAUGAGGGAAAUGGGUGCUGCUGAUGGCAUCUUCCCUGCGCUGCCUGCCUCUGCCUCCCCGUGGUCACCAGUAGUAGCAGCAGCAGGUGGAGGGGCAGGAGGGGCGGCGAGUUGCAGUCCUGUGCAGCGCAGCAUGAGCAUGGCGCCCACCAGGGCGCUGCACCAAGGUAUUCACAGCAGGUGGCACACAGCAGGUGGCACACAGCAGGUGGCACACAGCAGGUGGCACACAGCAGGUGGCACACAGCAGGUGCAUAAGAGAAGAAUUCGCGUGGGUGGCACUGUGCCGCCCUGGAGGGCUGCUGCUGACGUGGCCGCCUCCUGCAUUCCCCCAUGCUCCACCACCGACGCAAGGCUAGCCAAGCGCCCUCUGCCCGUGCCUCUCCCUGUGUUCAGCCCAUCCUCGCACCCCUCGCCCCCCGCCCGCCCCACACCCACCACCCCUGCCCUCCUGCGCCUCUCCUCCAUGUCCCUCUGCUCCUCCUCCUCCCCCCUCGACCACUUCCUUGCUUCCACCUCCGCUGCCGCUGCCGCUGCAACCACCACAAGCAACGCCAGCGGCAGCAGCGGCGGCAGCAGCGGCGGCAGCAGCGGCAGCAGCAGCGGCAGCAGCAACAACAACGUCACCACAAGCAGCAGAGGCGGGGGUGAUGGUGAUGCCACGUGCUCCGCCACGUGUCACCGAGAGCCCCCUGCAGGCGGGCAAGCAUACCCGUUGGUGCUGCAGCACACGCGGCACAGCAGCCUGGCUCUCAGGGGCGGCGAUGGUGACUCCCUGCCCGCCCUGCUCGCCCACUGGCCCUCCCACCACCACCACCACCGCCACCGCCACCGCCGCAGCACCACCAUUGGGUCCCUGACCGAUUUGGACCAUGAAGCGGGCGGCAGCGGGCGGCAAGCAGCGAUGGUGGCGGCAGAGGCGGCAGCAACGGGCGGGCAGCGCAUGGUGCGCAUGUGGGAGCGCUUGAAACGCAUCAUGCCGCCACCCAGAGGUUCCGACAUUGAGCAGCAUCUCAACCACAGCGCCAGUUUCGGGGCGAGCAUGGGCAUGGGCAUGGGAGUGGGCACGAGCGGGGGUGCGAGUGUGAUUCAGCUGCCAGUGGGGAUGACGCUGGUGGAGGCGCUGCUGGCGGGCCGUGUGCCGCGCAACCAGAGGGGCGCCGCCUGGGUCGCCAUCGCCAUCGCCCACCCUCAUGACACCCUGGCGGAUGGCAGCAGCUACGCCUCUCUGCUCAUGCAGCCCUCCGCCUCCGCCAAGGAGAUAGAGCGGGACGUGAACCGCACCUUCCCCAACCACCGGCUGUUCCAGGAGGAGAGGGGCGCGGGCCAGCAGUCGCUCUUCAACGUCAUCAAAGCCUACUCCGUGUUGGACAAGGAAGUCGGCUACUGCCAGGGCAUGGGGUUCAUAGCAGCGACACUGCUGAUGAGCAUGGGGGAGGAGCACGCCUUCACGUGCCUCGUCUUCCUCAUGUACCGCUGCGGCCUGCGAGGGGUCUUCCUGCCCGACAUGCAGCAGCUGCAAGUGCGCAUGUAUCAGCUCACCCAGCUGCUCAUCCACACUCUGCCACGCGUGCAUGCCUUCUUCGAACACCUCGACAUCAAACCCGUGAUGUAUGCGGCGGACUGGUUCCUCACUCUCUUCGCGCGCACCAUGCCUCACUACCUCGUCUUCCGCGUCUUCGACAUCAUCCUUGCGGAGCAGACUACUGCAAUUGUCUUCAAGCUCGCCAUCGUUCUCCUGCAGGUGUGCAGGCGGCAGCUGCAGCAGUGUCCGGAGAUGGAGUAUGCCAUGUGCCUGCUGCGCACCGAGCUGCCAGCGCAGCUCAAGGAGGUGAGCGAGGAGGAGAUGGAGGAGCUGGUGUACAAGGCCAUGCGGGUAGACCUGCCCUUUGAGAGCCUGCUGCGACUCGAAGCAGAGUACGAUCUGCUGGCUGGGGAGGCAGCAGCGGCGGCGAGGGACGUGCAGGCAGCAGCCGAGGCGAGUGAGGCGGCGGCCCUCUCGUGGGGCGCCAACCGGCAGCAGCUGGAGGCCCGACUCUGCCAUGCCACGCUCGUACUGAAGCAGGGCGAGCGCCUGGCAGCCCACAUCACAGCCACCCUGGCCCUCUCCGAGUCUGCCCAUCACUCUUCCUCCUACCCUUCCCCGUGCUCAACACCACCGCCUGCCGAUACGAAGCCCCACACUUGUCCACCCACCGUAAGAAGCCAUGCAUCUGCCUCUCAUGCGGCCUGUGCUUUGCAUGCUGCCCUGCACAUGGGUAAUGGUAUGGGCGGACCCUCAGAGAGCAGUCAUGAGCCCCGGGUCACAAGGGACAGCAGUGGAGGGGGAAUGCGGAGUGGCCGGGCUGGAGGGGGCGGCUGUUUGCUGGUGAAUGGCAGUGGGGUGAGGGGGCUUGAAGGUUCACGACCUGAGUGCUUGAAUGGUGCUUCGUGCACCGAGGAGGGACGGCGGCCCUUGGAGGGUGGAGAGGGAGAGGCGAGGGUGUGUGAGGAGCAGGGAGUGUGUGAGGAGGAGGGAGCAUGUGAGGAGGGCCUACCAUUGGAGGAGAGAGUGCAGCUGUGGGAGGAGCGGGUGGCAGUGGUAGGAGGAGGGAACAGCACGGUGGAAACGCUAAGAGCAGUGAGAGCGGCGCAGCACGAGUGGGUGCAGGUGGGGCUGGCGCUGGCACUGGCAGAGCGCGAGGUGGCGUGCCGCCUCGACAUGGGUGCGCCGCCCAGUGACUCUUCAGCCGCGCUGGGAGCUCUCAUGGGAGGAGGGGCGCAGGAGCUGGUGGUUGUGGAGGUGGGGGGCUGUGUGGGGGAGAAUGGAGCACAUGGGCGUGGCAGCAUGCGACAGUACGAUGCUGUGAAGAGAUUAUGA